CAGUACAGGCAUCAGUGGGUGGUCAUGCCUAAUUGGCAAUGACCUAGCCAACCACCCGAGGCGCACCCACUUAUAAGAGGGGCGAUCCCUACCUGCCAUCUCUCUCUCGCUGCUCCUGACAGGUGAUGUCAUUUCCGGACCGGACGCUUUGCUUCGGACAGGUAACGCGGCUUGUCUGCUCACCUGAUGCUUUUGUCUCGCGUAGCAGGGAGCUAAUGAUUUUGUGUUGUGCUACAGAGUGGCCGACUUGGUGCUCUCCAGGCUCAUGUGUGUGUGUCAUCUGAAUGGCCUGCUGUGGUGAGUGUCUUCCUCUCUGCCUGUUACACGGCUGAUAAUUACCGUGGCUAAUUAUAGCCUGAUUGUAGGUGGACGCUGGUAGCUGUGCGGUACCCUCUCCCUCUUUCGUGGUGUGUGUGUCAUACUGGUUGACCUGCUAACUGUUGCUGAGGUCCGGUGGUGGUGGAGGUGACCUGGUGGCGGGGUUCCCCCCCCCCUUCUCGUGUGCUGUGCUUCCCUGGGUUCUAGGUUUCCUCACUGAGUGUGUGCUGUGUGUGACUGUCACGUGUGCCUGGGUGCUUAUAUUUUUGGUUGGGGAUUCUCCACCGACCUGUAGCCUACACACCCCGGCACAUUGAAGCAGUGGUGUUUGCGGAGACAGAGCAGCAGUAGUUCCCCAGUCGUCCCUUGCGUAGGUUUUGGUGAGAACCCUUCCACACACUUCACCUGUCGGCCGCAUAUCCAAGCAUACUUAUUAGCCUGUUAAGUUUUGCUGUAGUCAUGGAGACCGAGUUGCAGGAACUCCAGGAAUUGGUGGCCCAGUUAAAAGCUGACAAUGAGCGCUUGCGGCGUGAACAGGUUGACCCUAGUGCCGGUCCAUCCACUUCAUCUGCCCCACCUACUGCCCCCUCCACUGUUAGUGUCCCUGUAACAGAGAGACUAGUUUUCGUGCCCCGAGAUAGGAAGUGUCCCAUCUUCAGGGGGAGGACAGGCAUAGGGUUGGGUGAGUGGGUUGAAGAAAUACAGGCAUGCAUGAGGGCCCGACAUUUAUCCCGGUCUGAACAGGCGUUUUUCAUAUUCGAUCACCUAGAGGGAGAGGCUAGAGAGGAGAUUAAGUAUCGCUCCAGUGCAGAGAGGGGAGAUCCUGACACAGUAUUGGCCAUUUUACAGGAGCUGUAUGGGUGCUCUGAGUCGUAUGUUGCUCUGCAGGAGGCUUUCUUCUCCAGGAGGCAGCAAGAGGGAGAAACUCUUCAGGAGUUCUCUCUAGCCUUGAUGGGCCUCAUGGAGAAAGUGGAGCAGCGUGCGCCUAGUCACAUGCCCAAUUCAGCAGCCCUGUUGAGAGACCAAUUUGUUGAGCAUGUGCUAGAUAGCUCCCUGCGUCGUGAGCUGAAGCAGUUGGUGCGUAGACAGCCUGAUUACACUUUGCUUGAUGUCCGGGCAGAGGCGAUCCGGUGGGAGCGCGAGGGUUUGCCUGGUGGUGCGAGGGGUCGCAGUCACUCUGUCCCCUCUGUGUUUGGUGUUCAGUACGGUGUUCAUGUUGGCCCACAGGAAACUGUCGUUUCACCCCCAGUGUCUGAGAUGGCUGAGCUGAGGGAGAUGCUCAAGCGUCAGCAGGAGCAACUCAGUCAGCUCACUCAAAGCAUUGCUCUCCUGCAGACCUCUCCCCAGUAUAGUCGUCCACCCCGAAAUGGUCCAGUAAUAUGCCGGCGCUGUCACCAGCCUGGUCAUUUUGCGAGGGACUGUCAAGUGCAUGUUCCUCCUCCUUCACUGUCCCAUUCACAGCCCCCAUCCAAUUCUGCUGCGCGGUCUCAUUCUGCAUCAGUGUCGGAAAACUAGUGCCCACCGAACUGCAGAGCCACAGUUUGGGUGGGGUCGCUACUGGCUCACAGGUUGCUUCAGCUAGUUUAGAGGCUUCUAAACUGAUUUCGUCUUGUCCCCAUUUAGGUGUGGACAUGGGUGGAGUAAGGGUGCCCUGUUUAGUAGAUACUGGUUCCAUGGUGUCUACUAUCUCUGAGAGCUUUUUCCGCCAGCACUUUGAGCCUUGGGGUCAGGAGCGCCUUCAAUCAUGCCACUGGUUGCAGCUUAGGGCUGCUAAUGGCCUGGAGAUCCCUUAUAUUGG